GGCUGAUAAACAGGCAGAAAAGAGGAGGCUGAUAAACAGACAGAAAAACAGGCUGAAAACAGGCUGGAAAACAGGCUGGACACAGUCUGGAAAACAAGCUGAAAACAGGCUAGAAAACAGGCUGGAAACAGGCUGGAAACCAGACUGAAACCAGAGUGGAAAACAGACUGAAAGACAGUCUGAAAACCAGUCUGGAAAACAGGCUGGACACAGUCUGGAAAACAAGCUGAAAACAGGCUAGAAAACAGGCUGGAAACAGGCUGAAACAGGCUGGAAACAGGCUGAAAACCAGUCUGGAAACAGGCUGGAAACAGACUGAAAACCAGUCUGAAAAACAGACUGGAAACAGACUGAAAACUAGUCUGAAAAACAGACUGGAAACAGACUGAAAACCAGUCUGAAAACAGACUGGAAACAGACUGAAAACUAGUCUGGAAACGGGCUAGAAAACAUGCUGGAAAACAGGCUGAAAACAGGCUGGAAACAGGCUGGAAACAGGCUGGAAACCAGUCUGAAAACCAGUCUGGAAACAGGCUGGAAAACAGACUGAAAACCAGUCUGGAAACAGGCUGGAAAACAGACUGAAAACCAGUCUGAAAACCAGUCUGGAAACAGACUGAAAACAGGCUGAAAACCAGUCUGGAAACAGGCUGGAAACGGGCUGAAAACGGGCUGAAAACAGACUGGAAACAUAUUGAUAACUGAGGAUAAGUAUUGAUCAGUGAUUUGAUAAAGAAAAUAACAGCUGCAGCCUUACUUGACUCUACUGUGACUCUGCCAUCAGAUAAACCUGUUGUACUGUUGGACUCUGCUGGACUCUACUGGACUUUGUUGGACUCUACUCAACUGGACUCUACUGUUGGACUCUGUAUGACUCCGUUGGACUCAACUAGACUCUACUGGACUCUGUUGGACACUGGUCCUGUGUUGACUGUUUACAGUGCGGUGAGCACCUGAAUGCAGCACGGCUGGUGAGCUGCAUCCGUGUCUUCCAACAUGGCGGCUCCCCUGCCCGGCAGGUGUGGGUUCUUCGUGGAGAAAAAGAAGCGUUUCUGUAAAAUGAUCGUCGGGAAAGGAAAAAUAUUCUGUGGAGAACAUGCGACCAUGGAGGAUGGAAGCAGCAGCAGCAGGAGGAUCGUCUGUCCUCUGGACCCCAAACACACUGUGAGCGAAGACAAACUGGACAAACACCUGAAGAAGUGUAACUCCAGACAGAAAGACAAACCUGUUUAUUAUGUGGAAAACAUAAACUCAGGAUCAGCUGACGGAGACGAGACUCAAGAGCUGAGUCUCAGUGAACGCAGUAGGGUGGAGUUACAGUCUCUGCUCGACAAACUGAAGGCAGCUGUCACAGGUCUUCAGUCUGAUGUGGAGGACAGAGUUCUGUCUCACCCCGCCCUCCAGGAGGAACUCAGCAACCCAAAGAACGGAGACUCCGCCCACAAACACCUGAAACAGCAGUCAUCUAUCUUAGGUCACCUGGAGGAGCUGGGGCUGCUGGGAAGGGGGCGGUGCUUUGUGGAGUUCGGAGCAGGUCGAGGGAAACUGUCUCACUGGAUCCACGAGGCCCUGAAGACCCGUGAAGACCUGAAGACCAGCGAAGACCUGCAGCUGCUGCUGGUGGAGCGCUCCAGCACCCGAUUCAAGGUGGACGGGAAACAUCAGGAUGAUGGAGUCCAGUUUGAGAGGCUGCAGGUCGACAUUCAACAUCUGGAUUUAAGUAAAGUUCCUCUGCUCAGACAGAAGAAGUUGCCGUUAGUCGGAGUCGGGAAACACCUGUGUGGAGCAGCAACAGAUCUGGCUCUGCGCUGUUUGCUGGAGACUCCAGGACUCAGAGAGGAAACUGAACCGCCACCAAAACGCCUCAAAACCUCGAAACCAGCUGCUGAUCCUGCCCCUGAUCCUGAUCCAAGACUGGCCUCUGACCCUAAUGAUCCAGAGCCAGCCUCUGACCCUGGUCCCGGCUGCAGUCCUGUCCUCGGCCUGGUGGUGGCGCUGUGCUGUCACCAUCGCUGUGACUGGCGUCACUACACGGGUCAGCAGUUCUUCCUGCAGCGAGGACUCGGAGCCACAGAGUUCUCCGCUUUCUGCCGAAUGUCCAGUUGGGCCACGUGUGGACUCAGACCGACCAAUCAAGACCGUCCUCCUCAGGAUUUGACCAAUCAGAGUGGAGAGGAGGAGGAGCAUGAAGCAGCAGAGGAGGCCGAUGCUGUGAACGGGUUUCUGUCGGCAGGUGAACGUGAGCAGGUCGGUCGUCUCUGUAAACAACUCAUCGACAGCGGCAGACUCCACUUCCUCAGGACGAAAGGAUUUGACAGCAAACUGACUCAAUACGUGGACGCUCGGGUCACUCUGGAGAACGUUUUACUGACUGCCGUCCCUCGGUCCAAGUCCUCCACGUCCUCCUGAGGGUCAGACUCAGACUACAUCAGUCAGCUUUCUCAGUCUGAAUUCCUGUUUUUUGUUUUCUAUCACUGAAUUUUUUUUACAUUUUAUUGACGAGUCGAUUGAUCAACGAACAGAAAAUAAAGAUCAGCAGCAGCUCUGUGUCUGAAACAAGACAAACAGCUUGUGUUACUAUAAAAAUCUUUAUUGUUUGACUGACUGUGUUAAAUGUUUUAUGAAGUUUGUAUUAAAGUAUUUUCAGUUUCUUA